AGAAUUAGAGCGAUCGCGAACGACCCACUCGAUCAGUUGCUGGCGUGCGGUCUUACCCUUCGGAUGUGUGUCGAUCGAGACGGAGAGUUCGACUUCCAGGAUAAUACGCGAGUGGUUAUGUCCUGCGGCAAUGCGCAGGCGCAAAGUGCCGAAUAGAAUCUGAUUUUAAAGUGACAACAGAGUGCCAUAGUGCCAGAUAAUUAAAACUCAAGUGCUGUCGUUGGUUCGUUCGAGUGUUGGCCACUCAACAGGGACAAGGCGGUGCGAUACGAAACGAUACACACGAAAUAUUCGAGUGGCUGCCGCGAAGUGAGAGGCGACGAUUAUUGUGCGGGGUCCUCAGCAAGGAGCCUGCAAAAUGGAUUUAUCGAGGCGGUUGUGCUCAACUGCCUUGGUAGCAUUCAUUGUUCUGGCCGGCAUCCACGAUUCCCAAAGUAGAUUCCCGGGACUAAGACAAAAAAGACAAUAUGGCGCGAACAUGUACUUGCCGGAGAGCUCGGUGACGCCCGGUGGCGAGGGGGACGACCCCAACGAGUGGUCCAUGUGGAGCACGCCCUCGGAUUGUUCCCGGACUUGCGGCGGAGGAGUUUCCUACCAGACUCGCGAGUGUCUGCGCAGAGAUGACUAUGGCGAGGCAGUUUGCAGCGGCGGCAGUCGUCGGUACUUCUCCUGCAACACUCAAGACUGCCCGGAGGAGGAGCCGGACUUCCGGGCGCAGCAGUGCUCCCGCUUCGACAACCAGAAGUUUGACGGCGUCCUGCACGAGUGGGUGCCGUACACGAACGCGCCCAAUCCCUGCGAGCUGAACUGCAUGCCCAAGGGCGAGCGGUUCUACUACCGCCAGAGGGAGACCGUUGUGGACGGAACCCGGUGCAACGACAAGGACCUCGACGUCUGCGUGAACGGGGAGUGCAUGCCCGUGGGCUGCGACAUGAUGCUGGGCAGCGACGCCAAGGAGGACAAGUGCCGCAAGUGCGGCGGCGAUGGCAGCACCUGCAAGACCAUCCGCAACACCAUCAACACCAAGGACCUGGCCCCCGGCUAUAACGACCUGCUGCUCCUGCCGCAGGGCGCCACCAACAUUCGUGUCGAGGAGACGCAGCCCUCUAGCAACUAUCUGGCCUGCCGCAACCACAGCGGUCACUUCUACCUGAACGGCGACUGGCGCAUCGACUUCCCGCGCCCCAUGUUCUUCGCCAACUCGUGGUGGAACUACCAACGCAAGCCAAUGGGCUUCGCGGCCCCCGAUCAACUGACCUGCAGCGGCCCCAUUUCGGAGAGCAUCUUCGUCGUGAUGUUGGUGCAGGAGAGGAACAUCAGCCUCGACUACGAGUACAGCAUCCCGGAGUCGCUCAGUCACUCGCAGGAGGACACGCACACGUGGACGCACCACCAGUUCAGUCCCUGCAGUGCUUCCUGCGGCGGUGGCACCCAGAGCCGAGUGGUGACCUGCAACAACCGCAUCACUUUGGCGGAAGUUAAUCCUAAGCUGUGUGACGAGAAGUCCAAGCCCGUCGAAGAGCAGGCCUGCGGAACUGAGCCCUGUGCUCCCCACUGGGUGGAGGGAGAAUGGUCCAAGUGCUCCAAGGGUUGCGGAUCGGACGGCACCCAAAAUAGGACCGUCACCUGCGAGCGAAUCUCGUCGUCAGGCGAGCAUACGGUUGAAGAAGAUGCAGUUUGCCUGAAGGAGGUUGGUAACAAACCGGCCACCGUUCAGGAGUGCAAUCGCGACGUCAAGAACUGCCCCAAAUACCACCUGGGACCGUGGACACCAUGCGAUAAGCUCUGCGGUGAGGGAAAGCAGACGCGCAAGGUAACCUGCUUCAUCGAGGAGAAUGGACGCAAGCGAGUUCUGCCCGAAGAGGAUUGCGUGGAGGAGAAACCGGAGGUGGAGAAGACCUGCCUUUUGGCGCCUUGCGAGGGCGUUGAUUGGAUUAUCUCCCAAUGGAGCGGGUGUAAUGCCUGUGGUCAAACCACUGAGACUAGAACCGCCAUCUGUGGCAACAAGGAGGGUAAGGUGUAUCCGGAGAAGUUCUGCGAACCGGAGGUACCCACCCUAUCUCGACCAUGCAAGUCGCCCAAGUGCCAGGCGCAGUGGUUCUCCUCGGAAUGGAGCAAGUGCUCCGCUCCAUGCGGAAAGGGCGUUCAAUCUCGCAUUGUCAUCUGCGGAGUAUUCGAUGGCAAGACGGUGACACCAGCCAGUGAUGACUCACAGUGCGAUCAGAAAUCAAAACCAGAGGCUGAACAGGACUGCGAGGGCGAGGAAAAGGAAUGUCCUGGCGAAUGGUUCACUGGACCUUGGGGGAAGUGCAGUAAGCCUUGUGGAGGUGGUGAGCGAGUCCGUGAGGUCCUCUGCCUGGCCAAUGGAACCAAAUCUGUAAACUGCGACGAGGACAAGGUAGAAUCUCUCUCCGAAAAAUGCAAUCCAGAAGCCUGCACUGAAGACGAGAUUUUGCCCUUGACAAACACCGAUAAGCCAAUCGAAGAUGAUGAGGAGGAGUGCGAUGAAGAGGGCAUCGAAUUGAUCAGCGACAACUUGCCAGAACUUGACAAGAAUGCUGACAUUAUCGAUUUCGAUGAUACAUCGAAGACUGAAACCACACCUGAGGCUGAGGAACUAAUGCAAAGCGACAGCCCGUCCACCUACGAUUCUACUCUUACCACAGUUGAAGGAUCGGGAGAUGAGACGGACACAACUACCGACAGUGGAAUUUCCACUGAAGGAAGUGGUGAUGACGAGGACACUUCCGAUGCUUCCACCGAUCUGUCCAGCUCAACGGCAGCCGACUCUAGCUCCAGUGAUUCGAGCCCCAGUGAUUCCACCUCUAGUGAUACCACCUCUAGUGAUUUCACCUCGAGUGAUUCCACCUCUAGCGAUUCUACCUCUAGCGAUUCAAGCUCAAGCUCAAGCGAUGCGACCUCUGAAGCCCCGUCGUCCUCUGUGUCCGAUUCAAGUGAUUCUACGGAUAGUUCUACAGAAUCCACAGCGGUCUCUGAUGGUUCAUCUGACGCUUCGAGAUCGACAGACGCGUCCUCAUCGGACUCAACUGAUGUUACUAGCUCCACAGAUUCUUCAAGCUCAACUGAUGCCUCAGACUCUACCCCAAGUGGCUCUACGGAAAGCUCUAGCUCGACUGAUGCCUCAACUGACUCCUCCGACAAAUCAUCGGAUGUCAGUGAAUCUUCCACAGAGGCUUCGUCUUCAUCCGUGUCAGAUUCUAGUGAUAAUACCGAUAGCACUACAAGUGGCGUAUCCAGCUCAACGGAGAGUUCCUCGGACAGUACUUCUAGUGCCACAUCCGACUCGACACAAUCAUCAGAUUCUACUGAAUCCACAUCGGAUGUUACAACCGAAAGCACUCCUGAGUCUUCCACUGAUACUACAGAGUCUUCAACCUUGGAUGCAUCAUCAACCACCGACGCAUCUUCAACCAGCGACGCAUCGUCUUCAUCCGAAAGUUCCACUGAAAAUUCGGCUUCCUCUUCUACGUCCAGUUCGGAAGCCACCGAAUCCACUGGACUGUCAAGCGAUGCAUCAACGACAGAUGCUACGACUGUUGAGGGUUCUACUGAAACCUCUACGGAUGGUACUUCUGAUGGGUCUACUGAUGCAUCCACAGAUGGUUCAUCCGAUAGUUCCACUGAUGCCUCUACAGAUGGGUCUUCUGAUGGCUCUACGGAUAGCUCUACUGAAGUCUCUUCUGAAGCUACAGACACUACAUUGUCUACUGAUUCAUCCGGAUCCACCGAGAGCACUGAGGCUGGCUCCAGUGACGCUUCAACCACUGAAGGAAGUACCGUUGAUGACCAGUCCAAUUCCACAACCUCUGAUUCCACCACCAUCGAUUCUUCAUCUUCCACUGACGUUUCUGGAUCUACAGAAGCAUCUGAAUCCACCGCCUCCUCGGAGGCCUCCUCCACAGACGCUACCGAAUCUACGGAAAGCACUGCUAGUGGAGAGACCAGUGACACCACAGAAAGUGGUCCCACCGAGGAGAGCACUUCAGAGGGAUCUACUGACAGCACGACUGAGGGAUCUACUGACAGCACCUCUGAGGUUUCCACCGACAGCACAACAGAGGGAUCGACAGAAAGCUCUCAGUCUACAGAUCUUGACAGCACUACCAGCGAUAUCUGGAGCACCAGCGACAAAGAUGACGAUUCGACCAGCACUCCUUACUCCUUCGAGUCUGAAGUUACAACGGGCAAGCCCCGCAAGUGUAAGCCAAAGAAGAGUACCUGUGCCAAGUCCGAGUAUGGUUGCUGUCCAGAUGGUAAGUCCACUCCAACGGGACCUUUCGAUGAGGGCUGUCCGAUUGCCAAGACCUGUAAGGACACCAAAUACGGUUGUUGUCUGGACGGAGUUUCUCCCGCCAAGGGCAAGGAUCAUAAGGGUUGUCCGAAGUCCCAGUGCGCUGAGAGCCUCUUCGGUUGCUGUCCCGACAACUUCACUCCUGCCGAAGGAGAGGAUGAUGAGGGAUGUCCCGAAACGACCACCGUACCACCCACAACCACCACAGAGGAGUCGCAACCAGAGUCGACAACUGAGCUGGAGGGUUCCGGAGACUCGACUACACCUGAAGCCUCCGAUAAGUCCUGCUCGUAUUCCGAAUUCGGAUGCUGUCCAGAUGCCGAAACUCCCGCCAAGGGCGAAAACUUCAAGGGUUGUGGAACUGAGCCCGAGGCUCCCAAGGGCUGCGCUCAGUCCGAGCACGGAUGCUGUCCAGAUGGUCGGACUGCGGCCAGCGGUCCAAAUGGCCAGGGCUGCGCCGCCUGCACUCGCGAGCGCUUUGGUUGCUGUCCCGACUCCGAGACCCCGGCCCACGGACCCAACAACGAGGGCUGCUGUCUGGAGAGUGCCCACGGCUGCUGCCCCGACAACAUCCUGGCCGCCCGAGGACCCAACAACGAGGGCUGCGACUGCUACUACACGCCCUUCGGCUGCUGUCCGGACAACAAGUCGCCUGCGCACGGCUACAACCAGGAGGGAUGUGCCUGCGAGACGACCCAGCACGGCUGCUGCCCCGACAAGAUCACCGCCGCCAAGGGGCCCAAGUUCGAGGGCUGCCCGUGCGAGACCACCCAGUUCGGGUGCUGCCCCGACGGAAUCACCUUCGCCAGGGGACCCCACCACCACGGAUGCCACUGCACCCAGACGGAGUUCAAGUGCUGCGAGGACGAGAAGACACCCGCCAAGGGACCCGACGGCGAGGGCUGCACCUGCGUGGAGAGCAAGUUCGGCUGCUGCCCCGACGGAGUCAGCAAGGCGACGGACGAGAAGUUCGGCGGCUGCGAGAAUGUCCAGGAGCCCCCGCAGAAGGCCUGCGGACUGCCCAAGGAGACCGGCUCCUGCAGCAACUUCAGCGUCAAGUACUACUUCGACAUCGCCUACGGAGGUUGCGCGCGGUUCUGGUACGGCGGCUGCGACGGCAACGACAACCGAUUCGAGAGCGAGGCCGAGUGCAAGGACACCUGCCAGGACUACACCGGAAAGCAUGUCUGCCUGCUGCCCAAGAGCUCCGGACCCUGCACGGUCUUCACCAAGAAGUGGUACUUCGAUGUGGAGCGCAACCGCUGCGAGGAGUUCCAGUACGGCGGCUGCUACGGCACCAAUAACCGCUUCGACAGCCUGGAGGAGUGCCAGGGAACUUGCGCUGCCAGCGAGAAUCUUCCCACCUGCGAACAGCCCGUGGAGAGCGGACCGUGCAGCGGUAACUUUGAGCGAUGGUACUACGACAAUCAGACCGACGUCUGCCGACCCUUCACCUACGGAGGUUGCAAGGGCAACAAGAACAACUACCCGACGGAACACGCCUGCAACUACAACUGCCGCCAGCCGGGCGUGCUCAAAGACCAAUGUGCGCUUCCUAAGCAAACCGGUGAUUGCAGCGAGAAACUGGCCAAGUGGCACUUCUCCGAGAGCGAGAAGCGCUGCGUGCCCUUCUACUACACGGGUUGUGGUGGCAACAAGAACAACUUCCCCACCCAGGAGUCCUGCGAGGACCACUGCCCCCGGCAAGUUGCCAAAGACAUCUGCGAGAUCCCUGCCGAGGUGGGCGAGUGCGCAAACUACGUGUCCAACUGGUACUACGACACCAAGGACCAGACCUGCCGCCAGUUCUACUAUGGCGGCUGCGGCGGCAACGAGAAUCGCUUCCCCACCGAAGAGUCCUGCUUGGCCCGCUGCGAUCGCAAGCCCGAGCCGACGACCACCACCCGCGCACCCCCGCCAGCUCCCAGUAGGGGAGACAUCUGCGAGGAGCCACAAGCUCCGGGCGAGUGUGGCGACUGGACAAUCAAGUGGUCCUUUGACAGCAAGGUCGGUGGGUGCCAGCAGUUUUACUACGGCGGCUGUGGCGGCAAUGGCAAUCGCUUCGAAACGGAGUCCGAUUGUCUGCAGCGCUGCAAUAGGCGACCACCUCCUCCGGCAGUUUACCCGCCUACUACAGUGGCUGCUCCCACAAGGCAACCUGCCCCAGCUGCCCCACCUGCUGACCAGUGCAGGCAGAGGGCUGAUCCAGGGGAAUGCGAUCAGUGGGAACUCAAGUGGAGCUUCAAUGCUACUGCGAAUAUCUGUCAGCAGUUCUACUACGGCGGCUGUGGCGGAAACGAUAAUCGCUUUGAGUCCGAGGAGGACUGCACUGCUCAGUGCGAUCCAAAAAUAGACUUCCGUUUCGGCGUUCCCGAGCCUGCGGAACCGGAGGAACCCGUGGAGGAACCUCAUCCCGACACGUCCAAGUGCUUCCUGCCCUCCGAGUCUGGCAAUUGCUAUAACAACGAGACCCGCUGGUUCUACAACAGCCAGGAGGGACUCUGCGACGAGUUCGUCUACAGUGGCUGCGGCGGCAACGCCAACAACUACGCCACCGAGGAGGAGUGCCAGAGCGAGUGCAACGACGCCCAGACCACCUGUGCCCUGCCGCCAGUCCGAGGACGAUGCCGGGAGCUAUCCCUCCGCUGGUACUUCGACGAGCGGACCGGCGGAUGCCACGAGUUCGAGUUCACCGGCUGCCGCGGCAACCGCAACAACUUCGUGUCGGAGAGGGAGUGUCUCAGCUUCUGCCGCGGUCAGGCCCCACAGCCCGAGCCCCAACCACCAGCACCGACCAACCCCGUAUGCAGCCAGCCACCAGAGGCUGGUGAGUGCGACAACCGCACCACCGCGUGGUUCUACGACAACGAGAACAUGGCCUGUACCGCCUUCACCUACACCGGAUGUGGCGGCAACGAGAACCGCUUCGAGACGCGCGACCAGUGCGAACGGCAAUGCGGCGAGUUCAAGGAUGUGGACGUUUGCAAUGAGCCGGCGACGUCCGGACCGUGUACUGAUUGGCAGACCCGCUACUACUUCAACAAGCGCAGCCAGGCCUGCGAGCCGUUCACCUACGGCGGCUGCGACGGUACCGGCAACCGCUUCAACGAUCUGUACGAGUGUCAGACGGUUUGCAUAGCCGGUCGCGAGCCGACGGUGAACUCGGCCAGAGACAUCUGCCUGCAGCCGGUGGUGACUGGCCGCUGCAAUGGGCCCUCGGUGCACGAGCGCCGAUGGUACUACGACGACUCGCUAGGAAACUGCAUGUCCUUCAUUUACGCGGGUUGCAACGGCAACCAGAACAACUUCCGAUCCUUCGAGGCAUGCACGAACCAAUGCCGACCCGAAACCAACGACCUGGACAACGGAAUUGGACAAAGUCCGUGCGAUACUUUCGAUGCAGAGUGCCAGGAACUGCGAUGCCCGUAUGGAGUUCGCCGCGUGGCCGCCCAAUCCCAGCCAGAAUGCACGCAGUGCGUCUGCGAGGAUCCCUGCGAGGGCUACAGCUGUCCGGAGGGCCAGAAGUGCGCCGUCGAUGUGUCAAGUACCGAUGAUCGCCAGUUCGCGCCACUCUGCCGCGAAGUGAACAAGCCCGGCGAGUGUCCUGCCCUGUCUGCCAAUGCCAGCGGAUGUGCCCGUGAAUGCUACACUGAUGCGGAUUGUCGCGGAGACACCAAGUGCUGCAACGACGGCUGCGGACAGCUCUGUGUGCAUCCCGCUCGACCCACCCUGCCGCCCAGAACCCAGGCACCGGUGGUCGUCUAUCCCGGAGAUGUCAGGGUGGCUCUGGAGCCCAAGCGACCCACCGAGCUGGACGUUCAUGCCGCUAUCGGAGGAAUCGCCGUGCUGCGCUGCUUCGCCACCGGAAACCCAGCUCCGAACAUCACCUGGUCGCUCAGGAAUUUGGUGAUCAACACGAACAAGGGUCGCUAUGUCCUGACCCCCAACGGUGACCUCACCAUUGUCCAAGUGCGUCAGACCGACGAUGGCACCUAUGUCUGUGUAGCUAGCAAUGGCCUCGGAGAUCCUGUGAGACGAGAGGUCGCUCUGCAGGUCACAGCUGCCGAGAAUCUUCCCGCCUACAUUUAUGGCGACAAGAAUGUCACCCAGAUCGUGCAGCUGAACCGCCCGGCGGUGAUUCGCUGUCCCGCCGGUGGUCAUCCGAAGCCGCACGUCAGUUGGUGGCGCAAUGGGGAAAUGUUUGGCCUCAAGAACAACCUCAUGGCCCGCGACUACUCGCUGGUGUUCAACUCGAUCCAGCUGAAGGAUCUUGGCCUGUACACCUGUGAGGUCUACAACCAGCGGCGUCCUGUCUCGCUGCGCGUCACUCUGAAGGCAGUGGGUCCUGUUCGGGCACUGACCCACGAGGACGCCCAGUACUUGCAGUACGUCCUGGCUCCGGCCACUCGCCCGGUGACCCAACGACCCAGCUAUCCCUUCCGACCCACUCGACCGGCCUACGUGCCCGAGCCCACGGUCAAUGUUAAUGCCGUGCUGGCCCUGGACUCGAAGAACAGCUACACAGCCGGGUCCACCAUCGUCAUGAACUGCGCCGUGCAAGGCUAUCCGGAACCCAAUGUGACCUGGACCAAGGAUGACGUGCCCAUCUACAACAACCAGCGGGUUCAAAUUACAUACCAGCCACAUCGCUUGGUUGUGAACGAUGUGACCCCCGAGGACUCGGGCAAGUACACUUGCAGUGCCAGCAAUGCGUACACCUACGCCAGCAGUGAAGCCAAUGUGUCCAUUCAAUCUGUUGUACCUGUUUCGCCGGAGUGCGUCGACAAUCCGUACUUCGCCAACUGCAAGCUGAUCGUCCAGGGCAAAUACUGCUUCAACCCGUACUACACCAAGUUCUGCUGCCGAUCCUGCACGUUGGCGGGUCAAAUAGCCCAGCCCCAGCAUCCCAAUGCGGUAUAAUUCCACACCGUGCACACAAAUAGAGAGAGAGCAGAGUAUUUUUCUUUUGAUUUUCGCAUUGAAUUGAGUUUAAACGCACCACCCAAGAAUAAUUGGAUCGCCAUUCUCGGACGUCCCCGAAUCGGAGGGGAAAUCCAAAUCCAAACGCAGAGAGACCAAAAAGCCAACCGUUGCCUAGCCAUAGACAAUAGCCAAAAGCCUAAAGAUCAAGUACGAACGAACUUCUAAUGCAUGUAGUAUUUUACUCUCUUCCAGAACAAAAGCAAAUAGUAUUAGUGUUUUUAUGUUUGUGUUCCUAUUUAUUCUUGACUACGAGUAACCUUUAAUUCAAUCGAGGAAAAAAGCGGCUAAAACGAAUUUGCAUUCUACUUUUUAGUUUCUACGACUACAUUUCUGUGCAACGAGUAAAGCAUUUAAGCCUAAAACCAAUAAUUGUAAAUAAAUUAAAACUACAUAAUAAAGAGUGCAUACGUAUAAAA